UGCGCAUUGUACGACGAAGAGCAGACAAAUAUAGUAGAGCACCCGAUAUAUGUACGUUUCAUUUCUUCCGUUGUCAGCACUGCUACAGAAGACGCGGAGAUUACAGACUCAUUGUUUCUGCCUGCUACGCUCGACGAGUGCCGAAGGAAAAGUUACUACUCUAGAUUUGUCUUUGAGAGUGGCCCUGCAACAUGCCCUCGGUGCCCUACGCCAUCCGGCAGCUGACGGCUAGAGACAGCCCACAGCUGGUGGACUUCCUGCGUCGGUUCUUCCUGAGGGACGAGCCGCUCAACGCAGCCAUGGGUAUCAUGGCCAACGGGCGACAGUCCUGGCCAGAGCAAGAGCGCUUCCUUCUCGAGCCUCUGUCCCAAGAUGUUUCUUUGCAAGCAGUCGAUACCAUGAGUGGCAAGAUUAUGGGAGUCUUCAUAAACCAUGUGCACCAACCUGGACAUGAAGGGGAGGCUGUCAGAGAGGUUGAGACUUGUCCAGAUCCAGCCUUCCGUGAGAUCCUGCGGUUCACCACCUCUGUUGAUCUCCAGGUGUCUGAGAAAUUGCGUGCCCUGUUCCCUGAUGUACACCUUCACCGGUUGGAGAUUGUAGCUGGGUCUGUCGACCCAGCUGCCAGGAAUUGUGGAAUUGGCAUUGCCCUCGUCGAGCACACCAAGCAACUGGCGAAGGAUCAAGGUAUACCACUGGUGAGAGUUGACUGCUCCAGUGUGUUCUCUGCAAAGGGCAUUGAACGUUGUCGAUUCCAAAAGAUCUUUUCCAUCAGAUAUGACUCUUAUAAAUGUGAUGGGAAAAUACUUUUCCCUCCUACAAAAGAGUGUGGUGAUGAGUACAUUACCUAUGUCAAAAGGAUAACUCCUAGGCCACAUGUUAUCCCAUUACAUGCAGCUGCUAACAUGCAGUGCCAUAUUUGAAUGAUACACAGACGUUUAACUUAUCUCUUUAGAGGCCACAUACUGAGCUGACUUUCUUUUUGUUAUUG